AUGUCAAGACGCUAUGAUAGCCGUACGACCGUGUUCUCGCCCGAGGGGCGUCUGUAUCAAAUCGAGUAUGCCAUGGAGGCCAUCUCUCACGCAGGUACCGUGAUGGGUAUUUUGGCAAAGGACGGAAUCGUACUCGCCGCGGAGAAGAAGGUGACGGGAAAGUUACUGGAUCAGUCUGCGGAGAAGGAGGGCAGCUAUGGCGGCAGUGGCGAGAAGAUCUUCCUGCUCAACUCGAACGUGAUAUCUGGCGUAGCAGGAUAUACUGCUGACGCAACCUCGCUGAUCAACUACGCUCGCUCCGCCGCACAACAACAUCUACUGAGCUACAACGAGGAUAUCCCAGUCGAGCUCCUCGCACAACGUCUCUGCGAUCUCAAGCAAGGCUACACGCAAUACGGUGGUCUCCGUCCAUUUGGUGUCUCUCUACUCUACGCUGGAUACGACCCGCACUAUCAGUUCCAGCUAUACCACUCCGAUCCCUCUGGGAACUACUCUGGCUGGAAGGCCACCUGUAUCGGUGCUAACUCCGGGACUGCCCAGAGUCUAUUGAAGCAGGAGUACAAGGACGACAUCUCGGUUGACGAUGCUAUUGGACUUGUGCUUCGGACGAUGAGCAAGACGAUGGACAGCACGACACUCGGCAGCGAGAAGCUUGAGUUUGCAACAUUGACGCUCGACCAAGCAACGAAGGUGCCGAAAGCGAAGAUCUACCGUCCAGUCGAGAUCGACGCGUUGCUGAAGAAGCACGACUUGGCGAAGAAGGAUGAAGAUGCGGAAAUGGCGUCCGCAUAG